GUGGAGAGGAAGAAGGCGGUCGAGAGGCACGAUCCUGGCRUUCCAUCCGUAUAAGGUGGGCGGUCUGGAGGUCCUCGAUGGUGAACUGGGAGGGGUCGAGAGAGGCAGUGUCAUCGGAGGUGGGUUGAGUGGUGUCGUUAUGGAAAAAGAGGGGGCGGGAGGGAGCGGGCGCGGACUGGUGAUGGGGGUGGAGGAGUCRAUCGUGGUGAAGCAUGCGAGAGAGGAGGUCAGCAAGGGGCAUGUCGGGUUCGUGGGCGAGGGCGGUGGCAAGAUCUUUGUGGCAUACUCGCUUGAUGCGGGAGAUGAACGCAAAGUCGGGAAUGACGGUGGUGGGGAGGUGAUGGCGGAGGGAGCGGAUGUAUUGGACGAAGCGAUCUAUGGGACCGGUUUGGUGGAGGUGGCAGAAUUGUUCGAGGUAGUCGUCAAUGGUUUUCUGGGGGCGGAAGGUGGCAGCGAGAAGUUUGGCCCAUUGGAGGAAGGAGUGACGUGGUCCUCCAGAGGCUCGGCGGUUGCUGACUUCAGCCAUCCACCAUUUGGCGGCAUUGCCGAGGAGGCGGGAGGUGGCAAUGGGGAGCCAGUGGGCAAAGGGCAUGUGGUGGAGGUGAAAAGAGUUCUGGAGCUGGGAGGGAGUGGUUUGCGCGGUGGUGACGACCGUGAUGGAGGGGAUGGUCCCUUCGAUCGUGGUGACGCGUCGCAUAUGGACGAUAUGUUGGCCUUUAUGUCGUCGAGAGAGGCGGUGACGGAGGUUCGGAGGGUGUUGAGUGAGUGGAGGAUGGCGAAGAGGUCGAGGGUGACGGUGUUUGCUGGUGGUUGUUCGCCUGCGAGGUUGCGGGCGAUGCUAUCAACUGAGUCGGUGCGGAUAUCAGACAUGUUGAUGGAGGAUGCGGCCAUGUCAGGGGAAGAGGGAGUGGAGGACGUGGCCUGAACGGGUGUGGAGGAUGCCGCAGCAGCGGUGGCGGCGGCACGUUUGGAGUUCUUGGUUCGACGUGGUGGCAUGUGGAGGGGGGGGGGGGAAUCCCUUAUUUAUUUAUCAAUAAAUUCAAAAAUAAAGAUAAUCGCCGAGUUUUUUUUUUUUAAUAAAAAAUAAUAAAUAAAUAAAUAAAUAAAUAAAAAUAAAAUAAAAUAAAUGCUGAACAGAAAG